UUUCUGCAGGUGUUACACAGUUUUGUUCACUUCCGUUUCUUUAGUGUCUGUCCUUCAGCGAUCACACACACUGCCAUUUCCACCCUUUAGGCACGAGCCUAGGUUUCUCUAAAGAGCACAAGAUCUGAUGUUCUCCUUUAUAUUCGGAACCCAGCAGCUGAGUCAGCGAUCGGCACGGGCGGGGACCCCAGCUCCGCCCCUGCCCGCCCUCGCGCCCUUGGGUCCCCGGCUCCUGGGAUCUGGAAGGAUUUCACGCAGCCGGCGUGGAUCUCCUCCUCUGGACCGGGAAUGUGGAGUCCAGGCCCCGUAGAGCGUCCGCUGUCUGCGCAUCCAGUCCGCGGCGGUUGAACCCCGAGUCGCCGGCGAACCGAAGCAGCGGCUCAUGGACACAGCGGAGUCCCGGGCUCCUGCGGGGACAGGAGGUGACUGUGAUCCGCGCAGUCGCGCGCUGCCGCUCGCUUCUGGCCUGUCUCUUUAACUAGGAUCCAAUGGCUCUGGAGGAAGUCCAGGAGAGACAUCGAGGAGACUUUCAAGAGAACAGCUUUGUGUACUGGUGUCGGCAGCUUCCUUAAACUUGGGUUGCACGAUGGCCUAUUCCAUCCUUGGACCGUUUUUCCCCAAGGAGGCAGAAAAGAAGGGGGCCAGCAACGCCAUGAUUGGGAUGAUCUUCGGAUGCUAUGCUUUAUUUGAGUUGGUGGCAUCUUUAGUGUUUGGAAAAUAUCUUGUACAAAUUGGAGCCAAAUUUAUGUUUAUAGCAGGAAUGUUUAUCUCAGGAGGAGUUACAAUUCUCUUUGGUGUCUUGGACCAACUUCCAGACGGACUCAUAUUUAUUGUCAUGUGUUUUCUGAUGAGAAUAGUAGAUGCCAUAGGCUUUGGUGCAGCAAUAACAGCAUCGUCUUCUAUCCUCGCAAAGGCCUUCCCAAAUAAUGUGGCUACUGUGUUGGGAGGCCUUGAGGUUUUUUCUGGACUGGGGCUGAUAGUAGGUCCCCCUUUAGGUGGCUUUUUGUAUCAGUCCUUUGGCUAUAAGGUGCCUUUUAUUCUUCUGGGGUGCAUAGUUCUACUGAUGAUACCACUCAACCUAUGUAUUUUGCCCAGUUAUGAGUCGGAGCCAGGUGAACACUCCUUCUGGAAACUUGUCUCGUUACCCAAGGUCGUUCUCAUAUCCUUCAUCAUCAUCUCCUUCAGCUCCGGCUUCGGUUUCCUUGAUCCCAUCCUCUCUCUCUUCGUCUUGGAGAAGUUCAAUUUGCCAGCUGGAUACGUGGGACUGGUCUUCCUGGGUCUAGAUCUGUCCUACACCAUUUCAUCACCGCUGCUUGGUCUCCUCAGUGAUAGGAUGCCUAAUCUCAGGAAAUGGUUUCUGAUUUUUGGAAACUUAAUCACAGCUGGGUGCUACAUGCUCUUAGGACCUGUCCCCAUUUUGCACAUUAAAAGUCAGCUCUGGCUCAUGGUGCUGGUGUUAGUCGUACAUGGCGUCUCUGCUGGAAUGAGUAUCAUCCCAACUUUCCCAGAGUUACUCAGUUGUGCACAUGAAAAUGGGUUUGAAGAGGGAAUAAGUACGCUGGGACUCGUAUCUGGUCUUACUGGCGCUGUGUGGUCAGUUGGUGCUUUCAUGGGACCAGUGCUGGGCGGAUUUCUGUAUGAGAAAAUUGGUUUCGAGUGGGCAGCAGCUAUACAAGGCCUAUGGGCUCUGAUAAGUGGACUUGCGAUGGGCUUAUUUUAUCUCUGGGAGCACUCAAAGGCAAGAAGAAGAUCUAAAGCUCAGAGCAUCACUGGCACAGAGGGGGAACAAGCUGAUCUCUUAUCCUGUGAAACCUAGGCUCGCAAGCUUUGGAUUGGUGCAGACAGGUGCCUCGAGCUGUGACAGCAGCAGAGGUCCAUGCUGCCUGGACUCGAACCCUGGAAGUGUCAAGCUGCUUUUCGACGAUCCUGCACCGGGCUGCACUUACUGUAGUUCGGAACAUCUAUGAGAAAGGGAAAACCAGCAGAAGCUGGUGUUUCUAAAUGACCCGCCUUGCCCCUCAGGGUACUGACUCUCUUUGUCUUUCUUAUUCCUGUGUUCGCUUUUCAUUCUAAGUUCAUCAGUUCUCCAAAUGUACCUCUUAAAAUUAAUAUGUGAAGAAAUGAAACUACUUCAUACACAUUGAACAUAUACAAUAGAAUGAAUAAUUUUGUGAAAUCAGUGUUGAAAAAUGUGCUUUCUCAGCACUGAGAUUUUUAUACCCAUUAAAAAGGCAAAAUUCGCCAGGCGGUGGUGGCACACGCCUUUAAUCCCAGCACUCGGGAGGCAGAGGCAGGCGGAUCUCCGUAAGUUCGAGGCCAGCCUGGGCUACCAAGUGAGUUCUAGGACAGGCGCAAAGCUACACAGAGAAACCCUGUCUCGAAAAACCAAAAAAAAAAAAAAAAAAAAAAAAAGGCAAAAUUCCUGCCUGCCACAUAAAAACUCCAGAGUGUUCCUUUGCUUUCAGGUUUUCUAAAAAUGUUUCUGUGGAAGAUGCAAAAGAAAAAUUAAUAAUGAUACAUAUAAUUUUCAUUUUGUGACAUUUUCAGUUAUGAUUUGUAUUUAUCAUUAUUUGGCAUAAUAUUAUUCAUUUCCAAUCUCAAUAUCUCUUUGUUUUAGUCCCACAAUUUAUGUUUGUUUAUUGUGUUUAGUACUUUUCAUACUCUUGGAAGAUGGGUUCCAUCGGGGAUACUCCUCUAGCUUCAUGUAAAAUCCUUGCUGUGGCCUGAAGUGAGAACGUCAACUUUGUACCUCCUGAUUGAUUUUCUUAUUGUAGUAGUUACAUUUCUUUUCUAAUAGAAUAAACGAUUUUGUCUAGCUACCCAUUGUAUUCAUUCAAAACACUCUUUUAAAACAAGGUCUCAAAUAUCCCAGGCUGGCCUGAAAGCCACUGUAUAGCUAAGGACAACUUUGAACUCCUGAUCUGCCUGCCUCUUUUGUCCCAGGUGCUGGGAUUAAUAUGCAUGCAUCACCACACAGAGUACUGAGUAUUGAACUCAGGUCCUUGAGCAUGCUGAACUAUGUCACUAAUCCUUCAAAUGCCCUUUGAAUUCUUUUCAGGAUCAACCCUGCAUAGAUAGGUACCAGGGACAUAAUCUAUGCCUUUAUGCAACAUACACCAGUAGAAAGGGAAAACAGUACAUAAAUACCAGGAUUUAUUUCUUGUAAUAAUGCUCAAUAAAAAACAAAUCAUGGUAUAAGAGAGCAACUGCCUGGUAUUGAUUACGUGUGGGGACUAAUUUGCACAAGCCCUCUCCAUGGAAGUGAUACCUC